GUGUUUUGUCUACAAACAACGACAAUGGCGGUCCUGAAAAAAGUGAUGGUCCUUUUCUUUGAAUAUACAUUUGCAAUUUUAGCACUMAUAAGGCUUGCUAUUUCCUUCAUCUUCAAUCCAAGCAUAUUCAAAAAAGUGGAAAGAUCGGCUCCUUCAUGCUUGACUGAUAAAUCGUAUGGUGAGCAUAAUUAUGUGAAAACUGCCUCAAACAUCAAAUUUCACUACGUUUCAAAGGGAGAAGAAGACAAGCCUUUGAUGCUUUUUGUGCACGGAUUUCCUGAGUUCUGGUAUUCUUGGAGAAACCAGCUAACUGGACUUCAAGAUGUGGCAUACAGAAUGGUAGCCCUGGAUUUGAGAGGGUAUGGUGACAGUGACAAACCAGAAGGYUUAUGUCAUUAUAAAACCAAUCUUCUGGUCAAGGAUAUCAAGGAAUUUAUUGAGGCACUUGGUUACAGCUCAUGUAUACUGGUGGCCCAUGACUGGGGUGGUAUUUUGGCCUGGCGUUUUGCUCAUGAAUAUUCCCACAUGGUUAACAAACUGAUUGUCCUGAAUGCUCCUCACCCCAUAAUCUUCAAAGAGUUUGCAGCAACGAGCAAGGAGCAAAAGAAGAAGUCAUGGUAUGUGGCAUUUUUCCAAGUACCAUAUAUCCCUGAAUUGUUCAUGACUGUUAAGGACAUGAAUGCACUAGAAAGCAGUUUCAGAAAAAGCCCAAUGGGUUUAAGAAAAAAGGAAUUGAUGACUGAUGAAGACAUGGAGGCUUUCAAAUACACGUUUGGUAAACCCGGUGCCUUCACUCCUCCUGUUAACUAUUACAGAAACUCAAUGAGYAAAUAUGAGCCACUCGGCUCUUGGAAAAGCAAGAUUCCUUGCCCUGUAAUGGUUAUCUGGGGCACUAGUGAUGGGGCUUUGGUUGAAGGAAACCUCGAAGGUCUUGACCAAUAUAUUGAUGAUUUAACAAUCAGGAAAAUAAUUGGUGCAAGCCACUGGGUGCAACAGGAUGAGCCAGCUCUGGUCAACAACUACAUCAAAGACUUUAUCAUUCAACACUUUAUCGAAAUAGUCACUUUCAUUAUCGUUCAUAUACUUGCGCUCUUCUCCGGUGGCCUUGUUUUACUUAGAAUACUGUGGACAGUAGUGAGGAGACCGUUAAGUCUGAGAAAAACCAAGAGAUACAAAGUUCCUGAUUGUUUGAUUGAUAACAAUUAUGGGGAACACCGUUUCAUCAAAACCUCAUCCAAAAUGGUCUUUCAUUAUGUUGUCAAGGGAAAUGAGAACAAUCCAGUUAUACUUUGUCUCCAUGGUUACCCAGAGUUUUGGUAUUCUUGGAGGUAUCAACUUCAAGGUUUAAGUGAAUAUUACAGGGUCAUUGCCGUUGAUAUGAGGGGAUAUGGAGAAUCAGAUCACCCAGAAGAAAGAGGAAUGUAUUCAAUGGACAAAUUGACACAAGAUAUCAAGGAAUUUAUUUCAUGUCUCGGUCUUUCAUCUUGCAUUCUAGUUUGCCAUGAUUUUGGUGGUUAUAUUGGAUGGACAUUGGCACAUCAGUAUCCAGAGCUUGUCGACAGAUUGAUUCUAUUGAGCUGUCCACAUCCCAUGUGUGCUGAUAAAUACACWGUGACACACCCAUCGCAACUGUUGAAAUGCUGGUUUGUCUUCUUCUUCCAAUUACCAUACCUUCCUGAGCUGUGGAUCUGGCUAAAUGAUUUUGAGUACUUGAAUGAUGUAUUUAGAGGAAAUAGCUUGGGUGUAAGAAGAUCAGGAGCAAUAACAGAUGARGAUAUUGAAGCCUAUAAAUAUGCCUUUGGCAGAAAAGGCGCCAUAACGCCGCCACUGAACUACUUCAGAAACCUGCUUAACAGACCGCAGGGAUCCCAUUUCAUAUACAAUCGACGAUUUAGAAAACCAGUUUUAAUAAUUUGGGGAACGGGUGAUGGUGCACUUGAGUCCGGAAUGCUUGAAGGAACGGAACGUUUUGCUCCAAAUCUAACAAUAAGAUACGUCGAYGGAGCGUCACAUUGGGURCAACAAGAAGAGCCUGAAAUCGUCAAUGACUGUAUUCAUGAUUUCCUGACCGCGAAUUCAUUUGAAAUGGUUUAUCAGCCUACGGAMUAGACGGCAAAACGGGUGUGGCAAACACGUGCGAUUGUUUUAUGCGGCGCACUUUGAAUAUCUGUAUUUUAUUAAGAGUUGACUUUCAAAGAGAUACAUAACUUAUAAAAUAUCCAAACAAAAAUAAGAUAGGGAAAUAUGUAAACUGUUGGUGUUUCACAGAAUGCUUUUAAAAAGCGUCAGUGAAUAGCAGYUAACUCUUUCUUGGUGUCCCAAGUUGUCGGAAGRUCUUGUUCAUGUGCGCSAUAUUCAAAUAUUUCAUUGAAAUAGCUGUAAAUAGCAAAUUAUCAGCACAGAUAUUUGAUAUAAUAAAAGGAAAAUUUAAACUAUGUGAUCUUUCGAACACUAAUAAGAAAUUUGAAUGGAACAAAAAUGAUUAAAAGAAAAGAAAAGCAGAAAUAAAUAAACUGCAGGAAAGGAAAGUAGAGGAAAGAGCUGAAUGUACGCGCUUUCCGUAUACCCCUGAAAAGKUGAUAUCACUUGCAUUAUCCAACGACUUUUGCUUAGAUGGAAGAAGUAUUAAUGUUACAAGUACUGGCAGAAGCAUGUAAUGGAGUGAUAUUUCUGAAAAUGAGAAUGGGAUUGUAUCAUUAUGUAUAGGAUACAUAAUAGAUGCUAAUUUACUUCGUCUGGUGUUUCAGUUAAUCUAUUGGUGGUAUUAUAUUAUA